GACUAUAUAAAUAAACUAUUUAUUCCUAGAACGAAUCAACUAUUAGUCUACUACAGUACCUAAACGCGCUUAAAUACCCUUACUUCUCUAAAGACUGUAGAUAAACUAGUAGCAUAGAUGCAUAAAAAGACUUAGUAGAAAUAAAUGUGUAUGUUUACUAAAUUACAAUGUACAACAAAUAUAAACAUAUAUGUUCGACUCCGCAUACUUUUUCUCUGCCCUCAAUUGAGUAUAACUUGAGUAGGAGUAAAUUCAUGUCACUACCACCGUUUUUCAGCAGAAUGGAAGAUAUACCACCUGGACCAAUAGUGUUACUAAGCUUAAGAUUUGCGACAGCUUUAUCGAUCUCGUGUGUGGUGAAAAGUAUGUCACUUAAACAUUCGUCUGUUUUACGUGGGAAAUCUACUACCUCAUCGUUCUCUAAGGUGUAUAGUCUGGCGAAGUGCUUGCUAAACAGUUCACAUAUCACCUCAGGAUUUUCGUAAGCAAUCCCGUCUAAGUAUAAUAUUUUAGGAUAGGCUGUUUUGGAGUUCGUCAACCUGCUUUUGAAAAGUUUGGCUAUUUCUCCUGAGUUAUGCGGUACCUGAAUGUCUC